GGUCAUGCAAUGGAACCCUGGUGGACUCUCCCAGAGUUCAUUUCUGGAGCUGAAGUACUGGCUACGACAACAACCCAUUGACAUUGUUGUGCUGUCGGAGACGAAGUGGAGCUUUAAUUCCUGCUGGUCAGACGACCAAUGGUCAUAUGUGCACUCGGCCUCCAAUGAUCCUCGUUCUGGAGGGGUGCUGAUCAUGAUUGCCAGGCGCUUGGCAACACCAGACUCAAUAGGAUUCCUGGCCUUGGAAGACGGCAGAAUUCUACAUGCCCGCAUCCAUCAUGCAAAGCGGGCUACUGACAUCCUGGCGGUCUACCAGCACGUGGAUUACAAGACCACUCAAUCCCGCAAACUGAGAGCACACUUGUGGGCCAAGCUCAGUGACUAUGUUGGACAACUUCCACAGCGCAAUCAAUUCAUCUGCAGUGGAGAUUUCAAUACAGCACUGCCGGGAGUGGCUCCAUGGACGGGCACAGGACAUUUUCACUGGCAAGGAUUUCGGACCUGUGGAUCCCAACAUGAGGCGCUCACCACUGCUGUUGAUCAAGCCGUUGAGGAACCAGUUGACCCAUCGACAGAUCCGGAACAGAUCAUCACGCACUUUUUCGGACAUGGUAUCACUGGAGCAGAUAUUGCUCUGCACAGCGAGCCCACCAGAAAGAAGCCAGACAGGCUAGGGCCAGGCAAGAUUGCAGAUCAGUACACAGCGCAUUCCUUGACAGUUGCAUACGUCCGCACCACAUGGCAGGGACCAUCAAGCUUACCACAUUUCAGUGAUGAAGCCCCGGGAGUGCCGUUUUCCAUUUCAGAUCUCUGCGUUGCACUGCACAACCUGCACCCGCACAAAGCAGCGGCAAUGCCUUUUUUGCCAGCCACCGUUUGGAAAGGCUCCAGUUUGCAGGGCCGAAUGUGCUACCUGCAGAAUCAAGCACACCUGUUGCUGCCCCGUCGCACUGGAGUACACCACAGCAUGCCGGACGUCCCCAUCGAUGGUGAUGCAUUGAUGACGACACCACAGGCCCCUGCAGCAUCCAGCCAAGCUGCACCUGCAGACCCAGUGAUCAGUGGCAACCGAGCAGAACGGAAUAGCUUUUUAAUCACCACCCAGCCAUUUUGGCCGACACUGAAGCAGAUCAUCCGAGAUCAGACAUGGCAUCAACUACAGGAAAAUCCUGCCAUUGGCCAAUACCUGACUCACACCUGUAUGAUCUGCGGCAUAUGGAACAAUCGCUGCCAGGAAUUACAUGGCCAUUAUCGGCUCCACCACUCUGAUGUGGUGACAGGCAUUUUUGCAAAAAGCGCCCAGCUGACCAAGGUACUGAGGUCCCCCAGCCCAUGUGUGCUUUGCCAAAGGGAGUUCAUGCACGGCCACACGUGCACAGUGUUCACCCAGAUAGCUGCGCUGCUACUGCACUGCCAGACUUCAGAUGUGGAUGUUGACCGGGUUCUCAGGUGUGAGCUGUGCCAAACCAGAUGCGAUGACCUUCAGAGCCUGCACCGCCAUUUGAAGGCGGAACAUGAGGUGACUGUCUUCGACUGGAAUGUUGCCAGGGACUCAGUACCUGGCUCCACAGCAUGCUCUCACUGUGGCCAACCAUUCACCUCACGUGAUGGCUUGAGAACUCACAUAAUCACUGGCAAAUGUGAGUUUUUCGAUCCGACUGCGACAAACCACCCACUCAAUGCGGCAGAGAAGUGGCGCACUCAGCUGACACUUGGGUUUUUGGACAAACAACAUCUUUCAGCUCACCAGCGCUUACAGUUGACGCUGCAUUGCCAGCUAUGCGGCGAGAUCUAUGUGCGUUCCAAUGAUCUCAACGCGCAUCUCCAACAGGCGCAUGGACAGCUUUGGCAACGAUCCAAUGACCUAGUCAGGUACCUGCUUCAGACAUUGAUCAGCAGCCGCGGAUGCAUGUGCAAUCCAACGGUCAAUGAUGACAGUCGAACCCACAUCUGCCCAGGAGUUCGACAAAUGGCCAUGAUUUUCUACACCAGUGAAACUGAGAUGUUCAUACCGCAGCAGUACAACGAGCAGACAUUGCGACUCACACAUCGUGCACUGGAAAAUCAUGCAAGAUUUCAGAUGCUGUUAAAUGUGGUGCUGGACCGAGACUUCAGCCAUCUUUGGCAUGCCCCUGCACUCUUGCAACUGUUCAGGCAUUGGUGCACGCUAUGUGGCGCCUGGUUUCAUACAGCGGCUCUGAUGACUCACCAACUGACCCAUCAUCAUGAUGCUUGUGUGUGGGCGGCCCAGCUCAAGUUUCAACUGGUACAAUGCAUGCAGACGGAACAGCCACAAGACUAUCAGUGCAAAUUCUGCAAACUGUUUUUCAAUGACAGCACGGUUGACCCAGACGCAGCAACUGAACGUGCUGAACAACUGCAGAUCCAUUUUGCCUCGAACUGCCCCGUCCUCCAGCAAAUUGCCCUUGUGUUGCAGCCACUCCAUGGACGAUCAGCUGAUGCUCGACCAGUCGGAUACGGAGCUCCUGCAGUCUUUCCAACAUCUGGGACCCCUUCUGAUGCAGGCGAGCCAGUACAUGCGGGAAAAAGACGAAGAGCCACUGAACAAGAAGCUCAAGCAGGAACCCGUCGGCGCAGACAAGGCCGCUCAGCCACACAACCCCCAGAACAAGGCCCUGCUCACACUGAUCCAUCACCUGGCCAAGGUGGUCCUGCAACACGAUCGGGCCAUCCAGAUGGAUCGCAGACAGGACUCCUUCGUUAUCUUUGCCCAAGUCAGCGCGGAAGGAGCCCUCCCACUGCUGACGUCGAAGGCCAAAGAGUGGAAGGACAUGACGGAGAAGACCACCACCCUCCGCACCUUCCUGCUGAAGCACCUGAUCCUGGAGCUACAACAGAGGGCCAUCAAGUUGUCUCAGAGCACACAGGGGACCCAACUGUGGGACGUGGCAGUCACCAAAGGAGUGAUUCUCCAGGACGGGUCGUGGCCGUUCCAACAGUGGUGCCACACAGAGAAGAAGCUCACCAAGUCUCAUCGGGCACCGCUGCCCAUGAGCCGCAUCCUGAAGGACCUCCAGUUCAUGGUGGAGCUCCUGACCGACAACGAUCAUGUGAUGCGCUUCCAUUCACUGAGACCUCAAGCCAAUGUGGUUCCCUGGAUGCUCCAGAUCAACCUGCGCGAGGACGACCUGUGGCGACUGUUCCACCAGCUGAGUCAGUCCACCCUGUGGGGACUCCUGGGCCUGAGUCUCAAGCAGCACAACCAACGGGUCAGCAAACCAGCGCAGUUACUGGAUCAGCUGACCAACAUGCAGGGGACACCGAACAAAGGACGCGGCAAAGGGAAGUCGAAGACCAAGACCAAAUAGUCCAGCAACUUCGUGCUUCACUCCGACGGGAAGUAGCCAGAAUGACCCUUGGCAACACGGGCCACAUGUGCUACGCCAACAGUGCCUUCACAUGCUUUUUGUGGUCAGGACUGAGUAGAGACACAUUCACCCUGACAGAUUGGGGACGCCAACAUGACUUGUUUCGUGAUCUCCUGCUGGAACUCAGGCCUCAGCCUUUUAAUUUGGAUGCACAACCUGGUUUCAGGGCAUUACCCAGAAUUGGGAUGAAAAUCGAGGCCAAGCAGAUUCAGCAGAGUUCACAAGCAUGCUGUUGCAAUGGGUUGCACCAUCCUUCCUUAGCUGCCACUGGCAACGCAGGCUGA